AUGCUGAUCAUGUGGGUGAUUGCCUCAUGCAGCGGGACUGCCUCCGCUGACAUGAUUUCGAAUCCGUUCCCCGGUGUCACGUUGACCGAGCGCGAGUUUGCCACACUUCCGACCUUGUAUUUUCAGGAGUUUGUGUUGCAAAUUGACCUGGCCACGCCGGGCCUUCGAUUCGAAGUCACCGAACCGAAUGGAGGGCUGCCUGCUGGGACGGAAACCGAUCUGGAGACCACUCUCGACUUUGUGCUACGCAAGCAAGCUCAAAUUGGCAUCAAUGCGAAUUACUUCGAUAACAGUGCCGCUGCUCAAUCACUCGGAAGCACCGAUGUCCUGGGUAUCUCAUCAUCCAAUGGCAACACCUACUCGGCCGGUCAUUCCGGGUUCAAUCGUGUGCUAGAUAUCAGUCGAGAGAAUGUCGCGAGCAUACAGACAUUGUCCUCCGGCACCCCCGCUGGGCUCUACAACGCGGUGGCGGGAUUCACCAUUGUUACGGGUGGCGUUCCGCAGGGAGCGAACGGCGGCUCUCGUGCUAACCGCACUGCUGUAGGAUUGGAUACCGAUACGGACACCCUGCUGUUCGUCGUCUCUAACGGGGGCUUCUUGGGAAGAACUAACUUCGAAACGGCAGCUACUCUCGUAGAGUUCGGAGCCAGCGAGGGAAUCAUGCUGGAUAGAGGAGGCUCCUCUGGUCUCGUCAUCGAUUAUCCCGAUGAUCUACUGGGGGCACGGGAACUGAUCGAUAGCAACCGCCGGGUCGGCAAUAGCCUCAUCGUGUAUGUGGUCCCCGAACCGGCUACUUGGAUGACGAUGAGAUUGUCGGACAAGUCUCGUGAAGCUGGCACAGUUACGUGUGCCUCCCAGUUCGCGAUCUCUGAGGCUGCAUCAACUGGGCCUGAUAGCGUUGGCACCUCCAUCCCUCGUGUGAGGGGAAUCGCUGAUUCGGUGGAAAUUGGUUCGCUGAAUGAAGCGAUGCAGCACGUCCAUCCUGACGAUCGCAUUCAGCUAAAGAGCUAUCGCGAUUCGUUAAUCCAAGGUCGGGCGGAAGGCUUCUCGCUCGACUAUCGAGUGCAAGCCACUGACGGAUCAUGGGUUUGGCUUGAGGAGCGAACUCGUUCCAUUCGAAACCCAGACGGAGAGGUCAUCCGGCUGAGUGGUUGCGAAGUCGAGAUCACCGAACGCAAGCUGAAAGAGUUGAGUCUAGAAGAAGAGCAUCGCGCAAAUAGCGAACUUCCGGUCGCGGUGUGCCGCUUCGAACGUCAGCAAUGCGUCGGUGCGAAUGAGGUCUGGAGCCAGUUGGCAGGUCGCCCUGCGGAGUCUGCCAUAGGCGAUGGUUGGCUCGAUGCCAUCCAUCCCGACGACCUCGAGGCCGUUCUCGAACGGCGAGAUGCGAAUCGCUUUGGUCCUGCCGGCGAAGAUCGCAUCGUUGAUGGGCUUGAGGGUCGCUAUGUGCUUCCGGAUGGUUCCAUCACUUGGAUUCUGGCGAAGUUGCACUUGAGGUACGACGCCGACGGAGAGUUGGAGAAGCAAACGGUCGUCGUGGUCGAUAUCUCCGCCCGCAAAACUCUUGAGCAGCACCACGAGCGACUCAUUGCAAUCUUAGAGGCCUCCACCGAUUACAUCGGAAUCGCAACCCCGCCUGGCGAUAUCCUUUGGCAAAACAAGCCACUGAGCGAACUACGCGACCAUGUCGAAAGACGCGUCGCCGACGAACAUCCCGAGUGGGCAAUGAAACUGCUUGAAACCGAAGCGAUUCCAACUGCCAUCGAGACAGGGAGUUGGUCUGGCAAGUCGGCCCUGCUUGAUGGCGAGGGCAAGGAGAUCCCCGUCUCGCAGGUUGUUCUUGCGCAUCGAAACGCCGAUGGUGAAUUGCAGUCGUUCUCCACCAUCAUGCGGGAUAUAAGUGCGCAAGAGGCGGUCGAGCGCACCUUGCGAGAACGCGAACGAACCUUUUCAAGCCUCGCAGCGGCAGUGCCAGUAGCUAUCUUCCGCAUGAGCGAACUCUUUCAGUGUGUCUAUGUCAACCAGCGUUGGGCAGAAUUCUCGCAGCGUCCGGUGGAAGCUGCACUGGGAAAUGGAUGGAUGAAGUUCGUCCAUCCCGACGAUCUGAAGCGACUCAAAGCCCACAUGAGGGUAUUCGCGAAAGAUCCAGCACAAGUCUUUCUGGAACCAUUCCAAGUAAGAAAAGUCAUGCCAGAUGGCUCAACCCGUUGGGUGCUUUGUCACGCCGCCAAAGAGCUGGAUGAGGCUGGCAACGUCACAGGGUACGCCGGCGCAAUAAGUGAUCUAGACCAAGUCAAGCGAGUGGAAGCCGAACUCCAGCAGGCGAAUGAGCGGCUUCGUAAGGUGCUUGAAUUCAGCGCGAUCGGCACUUGGGAAUGGUCGUACGUCGAGCAAACUCAUUCGGUCGACGAGCAGUCGGCAAAGAUUUUCGGCGUCGAUCAGAAGGACUUUCCAACCACUUAUGAAGGAGUGUCACAGUUCAUACAUCCCGACGACUUUGAGCGGGUUACAGCAACUUGGGGCUCUGCAACGACGAAUGAGCGUGGGGCGGCGACCGAAGAGUUUCGCAUUGUUCGCCCUGGUGGUCAGGUGCGUCACAUCUAUGCGAGCAUCUUUGUCGAAAGGGACGAGCACGAUCGGCCGGUCCGCGCGGUCGGAAUGCACAUGGACAUCACCGAUCUGAAACAGACGGAAAUAGCGUUGCAGGAAUCGAUGAGCCGAAUGGAACGCAUGACCGAAAACGUCCCGGGCAUGAUUUAUACGUACGUUGCUCGAGCAGAUGGAAGUGAGGCACUAACCUUUGUGAGUUCCACUUCUACGGAGUUAUUCGGGGUCGAUCCUCGCCAAGCCCGAGGCAAUAUAUCGAAUAUCUGGGAAGUGAUUUUGCCGGUGGAUGCCGGGCGCGUUCGAGAGGCAUUACGUCUAAGUUCAAGAAUGCUCCAGCCGCUAAAGCAAGAUUUCCGUGUAAAUCACCCCCAGCGCGGACUUCUGUGGUUGCAAACCAGCGGGCAUCCGAGAAGGACCGACGAAGGAGACACGAUCUGGGACGGUGUCGUCAUCGACAUCACGGACCGCAAACAGGCACAUCUGAAACUACAGCUGGCGAAUGAUGAACUUGCCAAAGCUACGCAGGCCAAGGAUCAGUUCCUAGCCAACAUGAAUCAUGAGAUGAGAACACCCCUGAGUGUGAUGCUUGGCACCACCGAAGGCCUUCAGCAAGGCGUUUACGGUAACGUGUCUGAUAAGCAGCGAGAUGGUCUGAAGUUAAUUGAGCAGAGUGGCAACCAUCUUUUGCAGCUAAUUAACGAGACCCUCGAUCUGGCAAAGAUCGAACUGGGACAAAUCGACCUUCAAUUGGCAGCAGUCAAUGUCUCGCAACUCUGCGAGUCCAGCUUGCGGAUGGUCGCAUUGCAGGCUGGGAAGAAAAGCAUUCAACUGAAUCUAGGGGUUCCGAAAGGAUUGCCCGACAUCGAGGCCGACGAGAACCGGUUGCGGCAAGUACUAAUCAACCUGCUGGGCAAUGCCAUCAAGUUUUCACCUGAGCGAGGGCGUGUUUCACUGAUGGCCGAGAGAGUCGAACCAACUGACAAAGUCCAAAAGGAAUUGCUUCGGAUUUCAGUAACGGAUACCGGGAUCGGCAUCCACAAAACGCACAUUGAAUCGAUCUUCGAACCAUUUGUUCAAACCGACACGUCGCUUAGCCGCGACCACGAAGGUACCGGGCUGGGGCUGGCGUUGGUCAAGAAGUUUAUCGAACUUCAUGCUGGAAACGUAAGUGUCUCCAGCGAACCAGGAGAAGGAAGCUGCUUCACAAUCGAUCUUCCUUUUCGCCAGGCCGUCACAUCACCGCGGGUCGAUUCAGUUCCAAAUGUUCCUGCUGGGCUUUUACAGAUGAGCGACUGUGCCGAGUCAGCCGAACCGGCCUCUGUGCUACUCACCGAGGACAACGAUGGUGUCGCGGAAUCAGUCGUACUCUAUCUGGAGACUAUGAACUUCGAAGUUACGGUGGCCCGCGACGGCAUCGCUGCAAUCGAGGCCGCCAAACGCGAACUGCCCGAUGUCAUCCUGAUGGAUAUCCAGUUGCCCAGGCUCGAUGGCUACGAGGCUAUCCGGCGGAUUCGCGGAAUCCCUUCGUUGGAAAAAACGCCAAUCAUCGCCCUCACCGGUCGAGCCAUGCCACAAGAGCUGGAGCGCUGCCUCGACGCGGGAGCGGACCUCUCGAUGAGCAAGCCCUACCAGAUGCUGGACCUCGUCCACAACAUGCGACAACUCCUGGCAAGCCAAGCGAAGUGA